AUGCUUUCUUCGGUUGCUUUUCUUAGCAGCCCACUGCUCUUACCAUCUGAAGAGUGGUCAGACUAUCGCCGCCUCAUUACCAUCGGUCUUGGCUUUUCCAUGCUGGGCGACUUCUUUCUGAUUCCUUCACGGCGUGAAUUCUACGGUCUGGACAGCAACAAUUCAGCCUCCGGAAAGUCGGAAGUGCAAGGAAAAGUAUCGAUAUCGUUCCAACUCGGUAUCGUCGCCUUCGCAGCAGCCCAUAUUGCCUACACUGUAGCCUUCCUGCAAAAUUCCUACGAGAUCUCCUGGACGACUUUUGCCCUCACAUUCGUAGGGACUAUGGGCGCUGCAAAGUGGUUAGGUGUCAUAUAUCCCCAGCCACACUCCUCACUUCAGACCAAUGUCCUGGACCUCGAUAUUGCUCCGGAUAUGAAGCCAUUGGUUUCGGUUUAUGCUGUUAUCAUCGGGACGAUGUUUGCUGCCGCUACUUCCACAUCCCCGCUGACCGUUCCAACCAGCUGGUUGGCCUCGCGGGCCCUGGGAGCUGCUAUGUUUGUUGUAAGCGACCUUUUUGUUGCGAAGAAUGCCUUUGGGAGAUCUUCUGGGCCGAAAAGCCCUGGGUGGCUCCGGAUCUUUAUGGGUUAUGCGCUUUAUUUCUGGGCCCAAAUGGUGAUUGCUGGAACAGUGGGGGCAUGA